CAGGUUUUGCUUCUCAGACUGUGAGAGAGAGAGAGAGAGAGAGAGAGUUGUUUUAUCGUUUGCUCUUGCAUUGGUUACUUCUACGUUACUGAUUUCUUUGUGCUUCUUGUCUAUUAAUGGCGGUUCUACUUGGAGAUGGUUCCGAGAAGAAGAAGAAACGCAAGAGGAGACCAGAAUCGAUGUUUCUUCCUGGAGAGAGAGUUGAGGUAAGGAGUCUGGAAUCGGGAUUCGAAGGGUCGUGGCACUCAGGAGUUAUCACUAAAAACUCUGGUUAUUCGCGUUCCGUCGAGUAUGACAACAUGCUGGUGGACAAUUGCUCUGAAAAACUCAGUGAAGAUAUCGAUUUUCCUUCUAAAAUGGAAAGUAACUGCCUCAAAAUAAGAGGUACCCCCACCCAUAACCGUGGCCGGAUAAGGCCAACACCUCCUCCACUUCAAAUUACUAAAUGGACACUUCAUUAUGGACUCUGUGUUGAUGCGUUGCACAAUGAUGCUUGGUGGGAAGGUGUUGUCUUUGAUCAUGAGGAUGGCACAGGUAAGAGGCUGAUCUUGUUCCCUGACUUGGGUGAUGAAAUGAGCGUGGGAAUUAAUAAUUUGCGGAUUACCCAAGAUUGGUAUGAGAUGUCAGAAGAGUGGAAAUGUCGUGGAGACUGGUUAUUUCUUCAAUUGAUUGAGAGGUACGAAGAGAAAUAUCCUUUGCUUGUUUCAGUGAGGCAGCUAUGGUAUGAUGUGAGGACCAAGGAGGAAUUUCAGAAGGAAAUAUGUGAGUGGACCUUUUGGGAGGAAUCAGCAUGGGCUCAUUUGGUGUUGGACACCAUUGUCGAAAACAUGGAGCUUACUUUGGACAAGGUUCUUGAUGUUACCAACCUGGAGGAAACAUUGAAGUUGGCUGAGGUGUCAAGUAAAAGAAAUAAUACCUGGGAUACUGACUUUUCUCUGCACAGAGUUGUUCCAGAAGCCCUGGAAGGGGAAGCUGAACCGGCAUUAUCUUUACCUGAACAUCCUGAAUUUAUUACCUUGAAGAGGAAAAACAAUGCUUCAGCAUUUUCUGUAUGUGAAUAUGGCUUGUCUACUGAGACUCUGCCUACCAAUCCAUACUUUGCUAUGGUUGAACCCAGUGAAGAAGGUAGCGUGGAUGCAGGAAAUUUUAUUCAUCAGAUGGAGGAUGAUAGGUUUGGUGUGAAUCUUUCUGUUGACAUGAAUGGGUCGUUCUAUAGGGAACAAAUAACUAUACAACCUCGAGCUUUGUCUAUUGAAUCAAGUCUAGAAAGCACGGCUCAAGAGGGAGUUGUUCUGAGUACUACAGAAGAUUGUGGAAGCAAAAAGGGUCCAUGUGGUCAGCCAAACUGUAAGCAUACAUCUUUGAAAUUAAGAAGGAAAGCUCAACGGUUACCUGUGCCAGCUAAAAUACACACUUCGACGUUAGAUCUUUCCUCUAGAAGGGACGUUCCCAUGGACCUCAAUUCCAAUUUCGUAGUUUUUGAACCCGAAUUCUGCCCUCAGGCUGUGAAAAGUUAUUCUGAGAUUUCAUUGGCAGAGGAGAAGCAAAAAUUCCUCCGGAAUAUUGGCAUAUCGAAAGAUGAUUUGCGCUUAAAAGCAAGGAGCCAUCUCUCAGCUAUCGGGUGGAAGUUUCAUUAUUUUACCCGGAAAAGGAUUGAUGGGACAUUAUACCGUGAGAUGCGUUACAAGGCACCUAAUGGAAAGUGGUAUUACUCUCUUCGAACAGCCUGUAUGGCAUGUGUGGAAGAAGGUGAGAUUUUUGAAAAUAUUUCUACAACUGAGCAGUUGACAAGAAACAUGGGUACAACUGGGAAUCCCAUGGGCUCCUUAGCUCUUGAGAAGUCCUCAUCUCCAGUAAUACGUAUGGAGUUUGAGGAUAUUGUGCCACCUAAUGGACAGUUAGAUUCCUCUGGUUUAUUGCAGUCACAAAAUUUUGUUCAGUGUGGGGAAACACUGGACAGAGAAAUUAGAAAUCAUUGGAAGAUGAGGGAGAAUGGCUCAUUUCAUCUUGAAUCUGGUUUGUUUCAAAGUCGAGCAAAAGCUGGUUCGCAUAAUAGACAGUGUAGAAAAGAUGGACAGGAGGUUUCUGUUUUGGGCAAAAGAAAACGGGGCCGCCCUUUUUUUACUCAGAAAUUGAAGAAAGGAAAUACAUCUGUUAUAAUCAGACGAGGAAAUAACUUGGACAAUGGCUAUCCGACUCGUGUACUGCGAUCAAGUAAAAGGGCACGGCAUGUUUUAGUAAAGAGUCCCCCAUCCCACACUCCACGUACUGUCCUUUCUUGGUUGAUAGAUAAUGAUGUGGUGUUGCCAAGGGCAAAGGUACAGUAUAUGUGCAGAAAGGAUUCCUGUCCAAAAGCAGAAGGGCGAAUAACUCGUGAUGGUAUCAAAUGCAGUUGUUGCCAAAGGGUGUUCACUCUUAGUGGCUUUGAAACUCAUGCUGGCAGCACUUAUGGCCAUCCAGCCACCUGUAUCCUUUUGGAAGAUGGAAGGUCUCUAUUAGAUUGCCAGACAGAAAUGUUAAAACAUAAUAAGAUGAAGAGCUUCUUAACAGAACCACGUGAAAGAAUCAAAAGCAAUCGACCUUGCUAUGUGAAUGACAUUAUAUGCUCUGUCUGUCACUAUGGGGGUACAUUAAUAUUGUGUGAUCAAUGCCCAUCCUCAUUCCAUUUGGGUUGUCUUGGUUUAGAGGAUUUGCCAGAAGGAAAAUGGUACUGCCCAUCUUGUUCUUGUUGCAUAUGUGGGCAGAGUGAAUUUAAUGAAAAUGUUGAGCAAUUUACGGAGAAGACUGUUUUGUACUGUGAUCAAUGCGAGCGUGAAUAUCACGUUGGUUGCUUGAAGAAAAGACGACGGGUUCAACUGGAAAGUUGUCCGAAAGGGAAUUGGUUUUGCAGUAAAAAAUGUGAAAAGAUAUUUGUGGGUCUUCAUAAGCUGUUAGGAAAAUCAGUUUCUUUGGGCAUGGAUAACUUAACUUGGACACUUCUGAAAGCCACUAAGGAUGAUAGUUGUAGUCUUAAUGCAUCCGAUGAGGAGGCAAUGAUAGAGUGUCACAGCAAGCUCAAUGUGGCACUAGCUGUAAUGCAUGAGUGUUUCGAGCCUAUUAAAGAAAGUCACAGCAAGAGAGAUCUUUUUGAAGAUGUUAUUUUCUGUAAAGGGUCGGAGCUGAACCGGCUGAAUUUUCGUGGAUUCUAUACUGUGCUUUUAGGAAGGAAGGACGAAGUUAUUUCUGCGGCUACUUUUAGGGUCUAUGGUGAAAAGGUGGCAGAAGUACCCCUCAUUGGUACCCGUGUCCAGUACCGUCGACUUGGGAUGUGUCGUCUCCUUUUGAAUGAACUCGAGAAGAAACUCAUGGAAUUAGGAGUUGAGAGGCUUCUUUUGCCAGCUGUUCCUCAAGUGUUGCAUGCAUGGACAGCUUCCUUUGGUUUCUCCAAGAUGGCGGAUUCAGAGAGAUUGAAGUUCUUGGAGUACAUUUUCCUGGAUUUCCCGGACACGUCAAUGUGCCAAAAACUAUUAGCUACAUCAACAGGGGACCAAAAUAAACUUGGCAGAAAGCUCAGCCAAAGUGAUGAGAGCAUCAAAGUUGAUAAGUACGGCAUUGUUCCUGGAGCAAUUCCAGCAGAUAACGUGGAGCAAAAGCAGGAUGUUGUUGCAGGCAAUGGCAACAAUGAGCGUGUCUUGAUCGAGACAGCUCCUAUCCCUUUGAUUACAGAAUCUAUUAAUCCUGAAUCUAACCAGAGCCAUGGUGAGACCAGUGGUGGGUGCUCGGUAAAUAAAUUCACUGAAAGAAAAGAAGAUGGAGGCCUUCAUGGUAGCUGCCUCAAAUAUUAUACACGGAGGAAGAUUUAGCCAGAGGGAGCCAUUCUUUCUUACAGACACAAACAAUUGGUGGCUGUUGCCCUUUCUGAGCUCUAACCAGUGCAAUUAGCUGAAGAGUAUCAGUUUAGGGAAGUAGGGAAAAAUGGGGGUGUGGUGUCGGAUGUCUCAAAUUACUGACAGUUUAUUUGUUGAUAAGUAUGGGCCAGGAUUGUGCAGUAUUCUGUUGAGACCCCCG